UUAGUUAAACUUUCUUAUUAAUAACAUACACUUACCAGUUUAGUGAUUAGUUAUUUACCAUUAAAACCUAUUGCUUGGUUGUUUUUGUUCAACUUAUACCUUGCUUAUAAAGUGUUUUCAAUAACAACCAGCUCCAACAGUCUUUAUAUUAAACCUUUUUUGGUGAGUUUGUUUCUCUUUUUGCCUGUCAACAGCAAAUUUUUGAUUGUAAUUUUAAAUUGUUUAUCCAUUCUUAAUUGUAUACUUUGGUCCAAAUUCUUGUGUUCAACUCAUUUACAAAUUCAACUUUUCAAUUGAUUAAAAUCAGUUUUAUCUUGGUGGAUAACAACUCACAAGGAAAUGCCUACUGCGGAGCUUAGUCGACCCGAAACACUCUGGCCAUGGAUCAAUAGUGAUCAAGAUACAAUGAUUGAAGAGAUGAAAAAGGAACUGGAAAAGAAUGGCGGACGAAAGAUUACAAUUGACCAAUACGAAUUGUCAUCAACGGAAACCAAAAGUCUAGACCCUAAAACAUUGACCUGGACCACAAUAAACAGCUCUUCAAGUCCCGAAUUGUACAAACAAAUAGAUUUACAAUCAAGUACCGAUGGAACUGUUCCAAUCUUGAAACAAAACCAUUUCAAAGUAUCCAAUGGGAACAUUAACAUUGACUCCGAGUCAAUGUCUUCAGCUUCACCAAUUGGUGAGAUUAAAUAUAAUCGACCUGAAAGUUCACUUUCCCAAGCAAUCAGUAUUGACAUGGCAUCAAACAGGUCAACAUCAAGAUCUCGAGAUAGAUCCGUAUCACCAAGGCGAUCACGAAGUGAAAAAAAUGUAUCAAUCGGAGGAAUCACUGAACAUGUUGAUGAAUACAAUUACGAGAAGGAAAGUUCAACCAACCAAGAAUAUUAUUCACACAGAGACUCAUCCCAUGGAAAGCCUUUACCAGGUGACAAUGGUUUCAUCCACAGUUCAUGGUCUCACGGGAUAGACCAUGAUAGGGUCUCACCACAUUCAUCUCGUUCAGUAACUUCACCGGCACCACCAAGGUCCCGAUCAUCUUCGCCCAGUCAAUGGGCCAUUGUUGAGCGAAGUCAAACCCACGAGAUUAAACGAUCACCAACACCAGCUUUAUCAACUGCUGGAUCAACAGCUAAAUCAACCAGCUCAUUGGUUCGACCCUCUUCAGUGCCACCUUUUGAUGCUACUUUGAUCACUCUUCCAAGAUACAAAAAGGUCAUCUCACAGCCCUCCUCACCGUUGCCAGAUUAUUUGACCAAACUGCGUCACAUCAAGGUUGCUACAGUUCCAGUCCCGGUGCCACCUAAAUUUGGUACCUUGACUCAAGGUGGACGUUGGCCUAACGAGGCUCAAGGACCUGUUGACAUUGGUCCACCCUGUGAACUGUGUAAAAAGCCAAUCACUGAUACUCGCUUUAUUCAUCAUGAAGGUUUCCUUUAUCAUGUUGAACAUUUUACCUGUUCAUAUUGCUUCAAAUCAUUGAGACCCAAAGAUUUCAUGACUUCCUCGGACAACAAACCUUAUUGUGUUAAUUGUUUCAAACGAGAGUUUCCCUAAUCAGUAAUCUGUUGACUCUCUUAACCAUGGGCUUACCAUCGUAUCUUUUAUUUUACCAAUUAACAAUUAACUAACACCAAAUAUGCACACACACAAUUAAUAAUUACACACUCAAUCCAAGGUUGAAAUCAAGCUUUCAAAUGGACUUUCCUAUCCUUCAAUGUUAAGGUUAAUUUGAUGAAAAUUUCAAUGUCGAUUGUGCAUCAAUAUCCCAAGCCUACAAUCAAGGUUUACUUGACUUCCUCUUCACAAUUUGAAGUAAUCAUAAUCAAUUAUCAACCAUCAACUGAAUCAAUUAUGGAUUAAAAUUUAACUCAUUGUAUUCAAAAUUUACUCGAUUGUAAAGCACAGAAAAAAAACAAAUAAAAUUGUAAUACAAUUCAAAAACAA